GGUCGUCCAGUAUGUGCCUGAUCGGGAGUCCAUGCUGUGGGAGGCCAAGGAUGACCAGAAGGAAUGGCGAGUUGUCAACAUAACCGUGGACAGUGCCAUGGAGUUCCAGGUUGCAUUUAUAGCGAUGAAAUCGGACCAUGCACAGACCAGUUACGUUGCCAUUGACGACAUUGAAUAUCGUCCCGGUGUGAACUGUUACGGAGUUGUAACGGAUAUCGUUGUUGGAGGUGCUGGCAACACUGCCGCCAUUGUUGCUGCUGUGAUCCUUGUUCUGGCUGCACUGGUGUGUCUCGCUGUGGCUACAAAUCACUGGUAUAAAAACAGGAGUGUCUGCUUCCGUGGGAGCACGGAUGCAUCCAGCGCACCGUUCGGCUUUGACAACAUCAGCUAUAGAAAUCGUGACAAGAAUACGGUGCCUGUGGAGACUGUCCAAGGGCCUGGUAUAGCAGAUCGACAGUGAGCCUCAGAGGAGCAGGAC